AUCAGAUGGCGGCCUGAGGGAGACGCAUUGACGAUUCUCAAGAGAUUCGCGAUGAGAUCCGGAUGUCAAGCAUGGAAUCAUCCUGUGUAGCGUCCCAUCAGGUUCGACCACGAUGACGAGGGGUGUGCCUCGCAUGUGCUCCCAGAACCCCACUUUCUCCAGUGGAUCGCGGUUAUCAGUCCAACAGCGAGCACCAUGACUGCUCCCACUCUUUCGUGCUUCUGUCAACCAUCACCCUCAUCCUCUUCUCCACUAUUGAACGACAUCGACUCCCCCAUAAUCCGUCCAUCUUCUAUCAACAUCAGUAAACAUGGCUACCCCGUCAUACCCGGGCGUCCUACACCAAUAUGCCCCCCGCCUCGUAGCCUUUGAAUUCACCUCUCCCACUCAAACGCCCAAACCCAACAGUCUGCUCUUCGUCGGCGGCCUAACCGACGGCCUCGGCACGGUUCCCUACGUGGCCGAGAUCGCCAAAGCCCUGGAACCCACCGACUGGUCGCUCUUCUCGCUCGUGCUGUCCUCGUCCUAUCUAGGCUGGGGCAUCGGCAGCCUGGACCAAGACGUCGAGGAGAUCGCGCAGUGCGUCGAGUUCGUGCGCGCCCACAAGGCCCGCACCGCCGGCUCCAGCUCCCCCAAGGUCGUGGUCAUGGGCCACUCCACCGGCAGCCAGGACGUGCUGCACUACCUGUACUCGGCGAACCCGCUGCCGCAGCGGUCGCCGGACCAGGAGGCCGGGCUGGACCUGAAGCACCUGACGCGGCCGGCGCUGGACGGGGCCAUCAUGCAGGCGCCCAUGUCGGACCGCGAGGCGGUGCAGCAUCUGGGCCAGACGAGCAGCGAGCCGAACGAGUUCCGCGGCGCCUACGACCAGCUGGUCAACUUUGCGCGCCUGCAGGACCCCACUGAGAUCCUGCCGCUGAAGUUGACCGGCAAGGUCGGCUUCCCCGGCGACACGCCGAUCAAUGCGCGCCGCUUCCUGAGCCUGACCAGCCCCGACAGUCCCGCGGACCCGGCCCUGGAUGACCUGUUUAGCUCGGAUCUGUCGGAUCAGCGCCUGGCGGAGACGUUCGGUGUGGUGCCUGAGAGGGGUCUGGUGCGGGCGAAGCUGAUGGCGUUGUAUUCGGGAAGUGAUGAGUAUGCGGCGCCGUGGGUGGAUAAGGAGGCGCUGAUGAAGCGCUGGGAGGCGGCGAUCAACGCCGGGGGAGUGGACAAGUGGGAUGAGAACAGCGCGGUGGUGGCCGGCGCAAGUCAUAAUGUGAAGGCCGAGGGGCAGGCGGAGCUGGUCGAGCGCGUGCUUCGCUACUUGGGCACGGUCUAGUUGUAUGGUUUACAGAAUGCACGCAUCAUGAAUCCAAAGCAUUGUGUUCUUUUUGAGCUCUAAUAUACAUAGCAUAUGGGCAGGACCAUCUUGACACCAACCACGCACAAUCAACUACCCAUCCCCAAUCCCUCGAAU